CUGGCUCCCUCUGGAUUGGUCUAAAAACACGUCCGUCAGAAAUCGCUCGAUGACGCCCGCGAUACAAAUACAAUAUUUUGCGGGGUUUCGCGUUAUUCGCGCUCGCACAUUUUCAGGGGAUAAGGCUUGCGGAGCCACGACAACUGUCCUGCCAUAAAGGUUUUGCCGGUGGACCUUUCACCACCCCCCCUCUAGUGAGGAGUCACACUACAGCAUCAACAUGCAUGUGAUCAAGCGAGAUGGGCGCCAGGAGCGUGUCAUGUUUGACAAAAUCACCUCUCGUAUCCAGAAGCUUUGUUAUGGAUUGAAUUCUGAUUUUGUGGACCCAACUCAGAUUACGAUGAAGGUGAUCCAGGGUCUCUACAGUGGAGUCACCACUGUAGAAUUGGAUACACUGGCAGCAGAGAUCACUGCCACCCUUACAACUAAGCAUCCUGACUAUGCUAUUUUGGCUGCACGCAUUGCUGUCUCUAACCUGCACAAAGAAACCAAGAAAGUGUUCAGUGAUGUGAUGGAGGACCUUUACAACUAUGUCAACCCCUUAAAUCAACGUCACUCCCCCAUGAUUGCCAAGGAGACCCUUGACAUUAUCCUCGAGAGCAAAGACCGCCUCAACUCAGCUAUCAUUUUUGACAGAGACUUCUCUUACAACUUCUUUGGCUUCAAGACCCUUGAGCGGUCUUACCUAUUGAAGAUCAAUGGCAAGGUUGCCGAGAGACCUCAGCACAUGCUUAUGAGAGUGGCUGUUGGGAUCCACAAAAGAGACAUUGAUGCAGCCAUUGAAACUUACAACCUGCUUUCAGAGAAGUGGUUCACUCAUGCGUCUCCUACAUUGUUCAACGCUGGAACCAACAGGCCACAGUUGUCAAGUUGCUUCUUACUGGCCAUGAAGGAUGACAGCAUUGAAGGCAUUUAUGACACACUGAAGCAGUGUGCUCUCAUCUCUAAAUCUGCUGGAGGAAUUGGUGUGGCGGUUAGUUGCAUUAGAUCAACGGGGAGCUACAUCGCUGGGACUAACGGCAAUUCCAAUGGCUUGGUCCCUAUGCUUAGAGUAUACAACAAUACAGCGCGUUAUGUUGACCAGGGUGGCAAUAAGAGACCCGGGGCCUUUGCUAUAUACCUGGAGCCCUGGCAUUCUGAUGUGUUUGAAUUCUUGGAGUUGAAGAAGAACACAGGGAAGGAGGAACAGAGGGCCAGAGACCUGUUCUAUGCAUUAUGGAUCCCUGACCUCUUCAUGAAGAGAGUGGAGAGCAACCAAGACUGGUCUUUGAUGUGUCCUAAUGACUGCCCUGGGCUGAAUGAGUGCUGGGGAGAGGAGUUUGAAGAGCUCUAUACCAGAUAUGAGAGGGAGGGCAGAAUCAAGCGUGUGGUGAAGGCUCAGCAGCUGUGGCAUGCCAUCAUUGAAUCUCAGACAGAAACAGGCACACCUUACAUGCUCUAUAAGGAUGCCUGCAAUAGGAAGAGCAACCAGCAGAACCUAGGCACCAUCAAAAGCAGCAAUCUAUGCACAGAGAUCAUAGAGUACACUAGCCAAGAUGAGGUAGCAGUAUGUAACCUGGCUUCCAUUGCUCUCAAUAUGUACGUGACCCCUGAGAGGACCUUUGACUUUAAAAAGCUGGCAUACGUCACCAAGGUCAUUGUCAAGAACCUUAACAAGAUCAUUGAUAUUAAUUAUUACCCAGUGCCUGAGGCUGAGAACUCCAACAAGCGACACAGGCCAAUUGGAAUCGGUGUCCAGGGUCUGGCCGAUGCCUUCAUCCUGAUGCGUUUCCCCUUUGAAAGCGCCGAGGCCCAGCUGCUCAACACUCAGAUCUUUGAAACCAUCUACUACGCUGGUCUUGAAUCAAGUUGUGAGCUGGCCGCUCAACAGGGCCAUUACCAAUCCUACCCUGGCUCUCCAGUCAGCAAGGGAGUCCUUCAGUAUGACAUGUGGGGAAAGACUCCCACAGACUUGUGGGACUGGAAACUGCUUAAGGAGAAAAUUGCUAAGCAUGGUGUGAGGAACAGCCUACUACUGGCCCCCAUGCCUACAGCCUCCACUGCCCAGAUCCUUGGAAACAACGAAUCCAUUGAGGCAUACACCAGCAACAUCUACACCCGCAGGGUUCUCUCAGGAGAGUUUCAGAUUGUGAAUCCUCACCUGCUCAAAGACUUGACAGAAAGAGGGCUCUGGAAUGAGGAGAUGAAGAAUCAGCUGAUUGCUCAAAAUGGUUCUGUACAGGAGAUUGCUGAGAUCCCAGAUGACCUGAAACAGCUGUAUAAAACUGUGUGGGAAAUCUCCCAGAAGACUAUCAUCAAGAUGGCUGCAGAUCGUGGGGCCUUCAUUGACCAGAGCCAGUCCCUAAACAUCCACAUUGCAGAGCCCAACUAUGGAAAACUGACAAGCAUGCACUUCUAUGGCUGGAAGCAAGGCUUAAAGACUGGCAUGUACUACUUGCGGACAAAGCCUGCAGCCAACCCCAUUCAGUUUACCCUGAACAAGGAGAAGUUGAAGGAGGCGCAGCCAGCCAUGACCUCAGAGGAGGAGAUCAAACAGCUAAACACUGCUGCCAUGGUGUGUUCCUUGGAGAACAGGGACGAGUGUCUGAUGUGUGGUUCCUAAAUAUGCUCGCUCAAAACUUCCUUUCAGCCCAUUCACUCACUCAGGCUGUUUGUUUUAGUUGGUCUGUGCACAUUACUGAUGAAUAGAACACAAGGCUUAUUGCCAAUGAAAUAUUUUAAUGUGCUUUUAUCAUAUAGCAAUUUUAAACACUUCGCACUGGCAUACUCUUGGUGGAGCUACUUGUCUGUUUAUUGUAUAGAAUUCUUUACUUAUUAACAUAAGGCUAUUGUUACCUCAUAAUUGUGGAGUCAAACAAGUUUACUGAAUUUGAUACAACUGUGCAUUUUAUGUUGGGAUAAAAUUACAGUGUAAUAAAGUAAAAGCUUUAAUUUGCAA